CCCCAGCGUUCGGGGCAGCCUGCUGGGGGGGAGCUGGGGCAGCACCCCAGCACCAUUCCCUGCCCCCCCCGGCAAUGCUGCAUCGGGAUCUGGAACCGCAGCCAGGCGCUGGUGCAGGGCUGCUGGGGGGGCGGGGGGGCCGCCUGCCCUUCUGCUUCGUGCACCCCCAGCCCCGCCGGACCCCCCGGAGCCGCCGUCCUCGUGUGUCUGUGCCACGGCCACCUCUGCAAUGGGAACGUCAGCGGGAAUGGGGGCGGCGGGGGGGGCACGGGGCCGGGGGAGGCGCCCCCUGAGUCGGCUCCCAGCGCGGCGCCGUCUAUGGGGACGCUGUGGCUGUGGGGCGCCGUCCCCCUCCUCCUCCUCCUCCUCCUCGCCUGCCUGGCUGCCCUGGGGCACAGAUGGACACGGGCUCAGAUGGGUCGGACCCCACAGAGACGCCGGGAGCUCAGAGCCCCCCCAAAGCCCCCCAGCCCGGACCUCCCUGCACUGCGCUUCCUGCAGGUGCUGCAGACCGGCCGUUUCUCGGCGGUGUGGCGGGGCACCCUGCAGCAGCGCCCGGUCGCUAUCAAGGCUUUCGCUGCCGGUUCUGCCCGGCGCUGGGCGGCGGAGCGGGCGGUGCAUGAACUGCCGCUAAUGGAGCACGAGAACGUGGCCAAACUGCUGGGAACGAGGGGGGCCGGACCGUGCGCCAGGGGGGGGCUCCUGGUGCUGCAGCUGUACCCGGCGCCGGCACCCAGCGCUAUUUGGCCCCCGAGAUCCUGGACGAGAGCCUGGACCUUCGCUGCUGGGGCCGUGCAUUGCUGCAGGCUGAUGUGUACGCGCUGGCGCUGCUGCUGUGGGAGAUCCUGAGCCGCUGCCAGAGCCUGAGCCCCGGUGUCCCGGUGCCAGAGUUCCGUCUGGCCUAUGAGGCUGAGUUGGGGGGCAGCCCCACGGCGGCGCAGCUCCGGCGUCUGGCGGUGGAGGAGAGAAGGAGACCAUUGAUCCCACCAACAUGGCACCGCACAGCGCAGCCGUCGGGGGCUCUGCAGGAGCUGCUGGAGGAUUGUUGGGACCCCGACCCCGAGGCUCGUCUGUCGGCUGAGCGCGCCCUGCAGCGCCUGCAGCGCCUGGCGGCCCCCCCGGAGCCACCAACACGGAGCUGAACGGGGUCCCAGAGCAGUUUUCACCAUGUGGGACCCCAAUGCAGCGCUCUUCGUCCUCUUCCUCCUCCUCCUCCAGCAGCGACUCUGACUGAUGUUAAUGCCCCCCAUGUCCUGGGGCCACCCGCGUCCUCCUGUGGGACCCCCACCCACGAGCACCUCCAGGACCACCCAGCACUGCCGGGACCACCUGGAGCCCAUGAGCACCUGGGACCAUCCGUGGCCACCCCAUGUCCAUGGAGACCCCCCCAUGUCCAUGCAGACCCCCCCAUGUCCAUGCAGACCACCCUAUAUCCAUGCAGACCGCCCUAUAUCCAUGUAGACCACCCCAUAUCCAUGUAGACCAUCCUAUAUCCAUGUAGACCACCCUAUAUCCAUGUAGACCCCCCCCAUGUCCAUGUAGAUCACUCUAUAUCCAUGUAGACCACCCUGUAUCUGGGUCCCCAUCCAUGACCCUCACGACCACCUGGAACCACCCACGACCACCCACUGAUGAUCCACGACCACCAGGAGCUGCCUGGGCCCACCCUGACCACCCCAUAUCCACAUAGGACCCCUGUGACCCCCCCAUAUCCACCCUGUCCAGCUGGGAGCAUCAUGGCCGCCCACAUCCCAUUCCCCACCGUGUCCUGUGCCCCCCAUGUUCCUUCACCCCAUGGGGCCUGCGCCUUGUGUGGAUGCUGGGGGGUCUAUUGGGGGUGUCAGCAUAUUAUGGGGUGUCACUGUGGGUCUGCCAGUCCCAUUGUGGGGCUGCUGGGGGCUCUGUGUUGUCCCAGCUGCCGGUGUUGCUGCUGCUGCCUCCCAAUAAAGCCCAGAGAAGCCUCA